GUAAUUGCGGCUCCGACCAGAUCCACUACUACAUACAUGAUAUAAUUCGGACAGUUGUCAUAUGUAUGGCACUGCAGUUGUUAAAACAAUAACACUUUUAAUUUGGAACGGAAUUCUAAACUAUCAACUACACAAAAAAUAAUUUAUAGAUACUCCUAACAUUGUUUAUACCAUGAAGAUAAUCAAAGCCACAAAAGAGGUUUUGCACAAGAAAAAGUGCUACCAAAUUCUUAAUGGAGAGUUACGAGCCGACCUCCCAUCAUUUUCAUCCCCACUACCAAAACAUUCCAAACUUUUGUCAUUCAUCAAAAAUUUUGCCAAACUUGGUUCAGGCUCAUUUGGGAAAGUGUUUCUGGCAAGGAAGGAGCUUUACAAAGAAGCAGAUGUUUUUGACGUCAUGACCAUUCACCAAAGUGGGUUAUCCCUGCAGGAGGAAUUUGUCAUAAAGAUCAUAAAUUUCUCGGAAUAUAGCUCCGUAAUCACGGAAGUCGAAUCCCUAUCAACCCUAAUUCAUCCUAAUAUCGUGAGCUGUUACAAUGUUUGGCAAGAAUCACCCUCCGAGUGUGGGACCGACGAGUGGAACAUGAUCAAGGAAAUCAUUGCCACGCAGUUUUGGGACGAGAUGUCGUCACUAUCUGAUGACGGAAGCGGGACUUCGGGUGGACUACAAGCACAAAAUAAUGAACACUAUCUAUGUCUCCAGUUUGAAUAUUGUGAUGGUGGAACACUUGAGAAUCUUCUAGACCAAUGGAUUGCUUCCAGCAGAGAAGAUGAAGGAUACCUCGUUAUGCAAGUCCUCGAAGGGUUGUUGUACCUCCAAGUUAUUGGUGUGGUGCACGGUGAUCUAAAUCCAAGUAAUAUUUUUGUUCAAAGGACUCCACAAGGGGGGAGAUAUUUGGCAAAAAUCGGGGAUUUUGGUCUUUCCAUCCUGAACAAGAAUAACAAUGCAGGAUCAUCAGUGCCUUCAUUUAAUAACAAUGGACGUUAUCACGCUCCAGAAGUUGGGGAUUCAAGGCUAAACAGAUCGCACAAAAGUGACAUGUUUGCAUUUGGAUUAAUACUGAUGCAGAUUGUAUCGGCCGACUUGUUCCAGGACGGUAAGGAUAGGCGAAGCAAAGUCCAGCAGGCAUCGGUGGAGGGCAUGUUUCCAGAAUUUGUGAAGAAUAUGAUGGAGUACAAGUGGAUUCAGAAACUUGUGAGCAAACAUCCCGAGGACCGCCCAAGUGCUGGGGAAUUGAAGGAAAUCAUGAUACAAACCGAGCGUUAUGGAAAAUCUCAAAGUUUCCAUGGUAAUCCUCCUCCUUACAACGAGACUAAAGCUCUUAUCUCUUCUGGAAUUGGAAUAUCCUUGAUAAAUGAUAAGAAAGAUUACAAACAAGGUUACAGGUACUUAUGCUCCUUCUUUUACGACUAUUUGUCGCACGUGUAUUCUGCCAACACCGUGGCAGGUAGCACUCCCCAGUAUUAUUCUGACAUUGAAUGGAACCUUCAAACGGUGGCGGCAAUUGAUAAAAUAAGUCUGCAAUUGGACCGAUUACCUGACCAAUGUUACAGACUCCUACAAUUAAUUCCAAUAGUUUCCCGGACAUUUGGAUCAGAGCAUUUGCUAACAUUGGAUUUUAAGCAGGCCCUCUUAUCUCUGUAUUAUACAAAUCAGAGGCAAAGUUCCCCCCAUAGCUUUCCUUCCACUCAAAAAAUAGAAUUUUGGAUCCAACUGGAAGCCUCUAUUAACAAUUCCCCAACGUUCCAAGCCCUUCCGGCAACAGAUAGGCUAAAGUCUGCCAUGUUUCUCUUAUUUGUCAGCAAAGUGAUAAAUUCUCUUGAAAAGGGUGACCCAAAAUUCAACGAGGGGAUGCAACGUGCCCUCGCUAUUAGCUAUGGAUUGUGUCAAGAUUUUCAAAAAAUAUUAGGAGACCUGGAAGAGGCUGAUACUUCGAGUGAAGAUGGACAAAUUGAUGACCAACAACAUCAAGAUUUUGGUCUGUCCACAGGUGACAAUGCCGACGACGAGAUGGAGCAAGAAGGAGCCACCGAUCAGGAAAUGGAGCAUAUUUCGAGAAGAGGGCAACAAAUCAGCCGAUUCCCAUCCGACGCAACAAUCAUUUUCCAAAUAAUCAAUUGCAGAUUUAACGUGGCUCUGAUUCACCUACGCCUUGAUGAAGUCGAUAAAGCUCGAGUAAGCUAUAAACUGCUGCUCGAAUUCUUUACCGACAUUUAUGAAAACAAGUUGGAAACGUUUGAACUAACUCCAAUUAUAUUUUCCGAGUAUGCAACAUUCGUGAUGAGAGAUGUAUCUGCGAGCAAACUGUACUCAGCUUUAAUUUAUGCAAUGGCUGCGUGUCAGAUAUUUGAAGAAUUGAAUAAUCAAGUUGCUGAAAACUACGAUUUUUCAAGUUGUGUUGCAAUGUUGUUGCAAUCGCUUGGAAUGAAGGAGGAUUUGAAGAGAUUUAUCCUCCAUGUGGUGGCAAAUUCUGAACGAGAGAAUAGGCUGUUUAUGACAGCGGCGACGGAUUCAAGGAGGGGUAACUUGAACUCCAAUUUGAUAAGCGAUCAAGAGAUAUUGGUCAACUUUCAAAAACAAAUGGAAACGGAUUAUGGGUAUUCCGGAAGAGCUUUAGAGGAUACGUAUAAGAGAGUGGUGGAAGGUUCGGAAGUUGUUAUUUCGACGGUUAAAGACUUGUUGGAGUCUCCUCCGAAAGAAGUGAUGGAGGAAGGGAAGUGGAUGCAAGAAGUGUUGGACUGGGCUAGGAAAUUAUAUGGAAAAUUUUGAAGAUGAAGUUUCUGAAUAAUGUUGGAGUAUUGGCAAUUUUAACCCGUAUCCAUAAGUCUGACACACGUAAAGUGGAUUAAUGGAGUUCAUCAAUAAAUGUCACGGCAGAAUCAGCAUAAUUUAUAGUUUUCAAUCUUAAUAAUUUGUAUGUUUGUAAGUGCCAGUUUAACAUAAUAUCUUUGUAAAAGUGAGUUUUAAGUAUAAGUUUCAAUGGAAGAAUUCAACGGAAUUGCAGUAAUAGAUUAUAUAGUAGAUUCAUUGGUUUGCCAGUUUUUGAUAAUUAUGUUCCAAUGAGUAUUAGAAAUGAGUAUUUACUUCAUAAUAAUAGUUAUAUUGAUAAUUUGUUAAUGAAUUUAUAUUUCAACGGCAUAUUAUAAAGGUUUAGUUAGGUUUGGCUUAACAGUGUGUGAUUCAACGGAAUCAACGGAAUGUUAGAUUAAGUUAUAACUGUGUAAUUAAUGGCGUAAUUGAUAUAGCUCUAGAAGUAUUUAAUUGAGAUAGCUCUCGAAGUAAUUAGAGGCGUAAAUGCUAUUAGUUUUUCUAUAAGUUGUAGUUUAAGGAAAAUAUUUAUGAUGCCGUUGAAAAGGCGUGCUACGACGUCCGACCUCGAUCCGCUUCGACGACGUCCGACCACCACUAGUAUAUAAUUCGAUGCACUGUUCGCAUCAUCAUCAUUUGAUCGUCAAACGUGGUACAACACACACCUCUCUUAGAAUUAGGUCAAGUAGGAAUAAAGUCUUGUAAAGCGUAUAUUGGUGUACCUUUAAAUAAAAUCUCUACAUUAUUAGUAAAAUA